AUGGCCGUAGAACCGUCAACUACCCCCGUUUCAGAGCCUUUUGCUCCCACGCACAGACUGUCGAUUCUUCACGGACCGCGAGACCCUCCUCUGGUCGACCUGAGCCUCGGCGAGCUUCUGGAGCUCCAGACAUAUCAGCAUGGCACCAAAGAGUGUUUGGUGAUUCCCUGGACCGGUGCAAGAUGGACAUACAAUGAGCUCAACCAGCAGAGCUUGCUGCUCGCGCAGGCGCUUCUGAAGAUGGGCAUCAAGGCGGGAGACAGAGUGGGCGUGAUGGCCGGUAACUGCGAGCAGUAUGCAUCCAUCUUCUUCGCUGUGGCCAGAGUUGGUGCCAUUCUUGUCAUCCUGAACAACACAUAUACGCCUAGUGAGGCUAUGUAUGCUGUUCAAUUCUCAGAAUGCAAGAUCCUCUUCACCACCAAGCAAAUCGGCAGACUCGACAACCAGCCAUUCUUGACUCAAUUGGCCAAUGAAGUGAACGCGCCCCAAGUCAUCAUGAUCCGCGGUGACACCAGCGGUUACCAAACAUACGAUGAGCUCAUCAAGUCGAGCUCACGGCAAAGCCCGAGGGAGCUGCACCUUGCCAUGAGCAAGGUCGUUCCUCAUCAAGUCUGCAACCUCCAGUUUACCAGCGGUACCACUGGCCGUCCCAAGGCUGCUAUGCUUACCCAUCACAAUGUCGUCAACAACGCUCGCUUCAUUGGCGACCGCAUGAGGUUAACCCCCGAUGACUGCCUCUGCUGCCCUCCUCCUCUGUUCCACUGCUUCGGUCUCGUUCUCGGCCUGCUCUCCGUCAUCACCCAUGGUGCCAAGAUCGUCUACCCGGCGGAAACCUUCGAUACACAUGCUACCCUUAAGGCCAUUCUCGAGGAGGACUGCACGGCGCUCCACGGCGUACCUGCCAUGUUUGACUCUUUGUUCCAGGCAGCGCCAGACGAUUUCAAGUCAUCCAAGAUCCGUACAGGUAUCGUAGCUGGCGCUCCCGUGCCUCGUUAUCUGAUGGAACUCAUGGUGAACCGCCUUGGCAUGAAGGAGUUCACUAGCAGUUACGGUCUUACGGAGGCAUCUCCCACCUGCUUCAACGCGUUCACCGACGACGCUCUGGGCAAGAGACUGACGACGGUUGGUACUCUGAUGCCGCACGCCUCGGCCAAGAUCGUCGACAGAGACGGCAAUAUCGUUCCCAUGGGUGAACGCGGCGAGCUGUGCAUGGCCGGUUACCAACUCCAGGCUGGAUACUGGAACAACUCGGAGAAGACCAACGAGGUCAUGGUCCGCGACUCUGCGGGCGUUUUGUGGUUGCACACUGGUGACGAGGCCGUCUUUGACGAUGAGGGGUACUGCUCGAUUACCGGCCGUUUCAAGGACAUUAUCAUUCGAGGUGGCGAGAAUAUUUACCCGCUCGAGAUCGAGGAGCGUCUCAUGGCCCAUCCUUCCAUCGCUCAGGCCAUCGUCGUCGGUCUCAAGGACGAGCACUACGGCGAAGUUGUAGGCGCCUUCGUACGUCGCGCCGAGAACAGCGAGAAGCCGACGUUCCAAGAGCUCAAGGACUGGGUGCGUCAGCGUCUCGGCGGCCACAAGAGCCCUGCGCACAUAUUCUGGCUCGGCGAGGACGGUGUGCCUGGCAACGUGCCCCUAACGGGCAGCGGCAAGGUCCGCAAGUUCGAGAUGGCCAAGGUCGGCGACGAGCUCCUCAAGAAGAGCAAGUUGUCCGCCAAGUUGUAA